GCGCGGCCGCCGGCGGCGGGGGCCGGUACCGGGGCGCCGCGGGCCGCGGCGGCGGCGGCGGGAGCCGCGCUGGGCCUGUGCCUGGCGCUCCUGGCCCCGGCCGCGUGGGCUGCCCCUGCGCCGGCCCCCGCGAAGGCGUGCGUCGACCUGGAGACCGCGACCUCCAGCGACCUGGAGGCGGGCCUGAAGGGCGUCGGCCCCGCGCUGUCCAAGAAGAUCAUCGCGUACAGGGCGGCGGAGCGCACCAAGGCCACCAAGGAGGGGCGCAAGACCUGGAACUUCCAGAACUGGGCCACGCUCAUGCAGGUGGACGGCAUCGGCCAGAAGAUCUGCGAGGACAACAUCUCCACCGCCUGCUUCUCGGGCACGGUCCAGAAGGCCUGCCCCAAGCCGAAGUGACCCCCGCCAGGCUUCCGAAGCCUCGGAGGAGGGAGAGCGGCGGGCCGCGCCGCCGCUCGCUCCCUUUACAUCGGCCUGCCCCCUGGAGAGGGCGCCGCUCAUCCGCACCGCGCUCCUCCUGCUGCUGCUCCUCUCGACGGGUUGCAGGGCUCGCGUUCCCCCGCCUCUCCUCGCCGUG